AUGCGUGUCUCUCUCUUUAGCAUUGCUGACGAAUCACCGGUCGAUUCAGGAUCAGAAGAUUCAUGGGGCUAUCCGAAACAUAAAACUAAUAUUAAUAAUGUUUAUAAACCAAUAUCAUUGCUUUUAACAUCGACCAUGUAUCGGCGUGGAUUCUAUGUGAAUAUUAAGGAGAACGAAGUUGAUGAUCUUCCUAUAGUUCAAACGCCGAUGAUUAAGCAAGCUCUAUCAACUUUAAGCGUUAAUUUAAAUGAAAACGGAAAUGCUGUUGAGAGAAGUUCUCGUCAACGUACAUUUACAAAGCGAUAUGAUGAUUACUUCCCUGAUCGUACACCCAGCACUUCAGCGUUAUCUCCAGAAAGAAGUGCUUCAUCAUUAACAAUGAAUUCAUCCGAGAGCUCACUACCACGAAAAACUCGCCAGGUGCUGACAACAAGUAAAAAACGAAAACGUCAAAAAAUAACAGAAUCGCCUAACAAACUGUCGAAGUCCGAAAAUCUGUCAACAGCACGGAUUGUGGAUCAUCACUAUCGUUCGCCUACAUAUUCGAUAACAAAUGCUGUUUCCAGUGAUGAACGAUUCCUCGCCUAUUGGUUAGAACCAACUUCGCUGAUAACAGAAGAUGCUGGUUUCUGUUAA